UUGACGAGUUCUUUUUAUCUUUAAAAGCUUAUUAACUAAAGAAAUUGAAAAACUAUUCUAUUCAUGAGACUCUAAUUUUUAAACAUUCUUUCAGGAAUAACAUUUUUAAGAAUGUUGAAGAUUUUAGACAUCAGUCUUACACUAUUAAUUCUUUCAUUUUCAACAAACACAAAGAGUACUAAGGUGCUUUCAACACAGAAAAAGUGUGGAGAUUCAGAAUGUGAAACAACUAUGAGCAGCGUGUUAGCCAUUAAAGACUACACUGGGCCUGACUGCCGCUACCUGAGUUUCAAAAGUGGAGAAGAAAUAAUGGUAUACUUCAAACUUUCCAGGGAAAGGGAAGAUUUGUGGGCAGGAAGUAAAGGCAAGGAAUUUGGUUACUUCCCAAUGGAUGCUGUCCAAACAGAAGAAGUAUUUGUUACAGAAGAAAUAGAAGUGCCCACAAAGGAAACUGAUUUCCUUUGUCUUGAUGGUGAAGAAUAUGUUUUUGAAAAUGAAGACAGCAUAUUAAAUCACCGUGCUGAAGAAAAUGAGCAUGAUGUAUCUCUCUACACUAAUGGUGAAGACUCAGACUUUAAUAUGCCCGAGGAUGAAAUCAUGAAGCUCCCAGAUACUUCUAUCCCAAAAGAAUAUAGCAAGACAGAUCAAGAGGAGUCUAGCCAUCAAGAGGAUCCAAUCACCCAGGUUCUGAAUCCGGUCCCAAUUCAGUCAGCGUGGACUGUUUCUGGUAUCGCAGGUUGGCUUGGUUUGGGAAGGGAAGAAAAUAAGGAAGUUUUUGGAAAAUCCUCAGAGAUUUCGGAACAAAUUACAUUUAGGCGUAGAAAAAUAGCAAUUGCUGACAAUGCUGAUACUAAAAAACUACCCAAAGAGAGUAAAAUGGAGCCACGUAACUGGUUUCAGAGCAGUUUGACAGAUUUGCUUCAUUUUGGAAAUGAAAAAUCAGGACAUGAUCUGCUGUACAAAGAUGGCAAUCCAGAUCUCCAUAGCAGUUCCAAUACUGCUUCUAAUAGUGGCCACCUUGGCAGAACUGCAGCUUCCAAAGCAAGAAUAGGGAAACUUAGUGAUAAUGAACUGUCUGAAUCAAACUGGUUUGAUCUGAAGUUCAGUGAUAUUUUUGGGUACGCUCAAAAAGAAAAAGGACAGCUUGCAAACAGAGGAGUAGAUCAAAAUGAAGACCCACAGCCUCCUAAUAUAAAACCGGUACCAGUGGAGGAUGGUUUGAGAGAAGCAGCAGUAGAGCAAAUGCUUUAUGAAGAACAAAGCAAAUAUGUUAAAAAGAACAUAGAGCAAACACCUACAUCGGUAGUAGAUGAAGAGAAAGAAAAAUAUCAUGAAGAAAUUACCAACCCAGAUAUUACAGAUACAGAAGUUCUUCUACAAAAUGAACAUCCUAAUUUCAUGAAUACAGAAGCUGCUUCUUUUUCCACUAAACUUGCUGAAAAUCUAAAAUCUUUCAGUACAGAACAAGAUUCAGAAUCAGGGAGCCAAAUUACUGAAAAUACUCCGGAGUCAGAAAGAAUAAAAAGCCAGUCAGAUUCAGUCAUACAUUCUGAAAUACAGUACAGUGAAGCUGAAGAGCUCCAGUGCAUUUCUUCUUUUAGCCGCUAUAAAGAUCUCUUUAGUUUUCAGAACUUUCCAGAUAAAACCAUAAAUUCUUUGCAAGAAAUUAAAAGAACUAAGGCUAAAAAUAGCCAAUCUAAAAAUAGUGUUAAAUCACUACAGAAAAACAAAGAAAUAGAAAAUAUGUUAAAUCAGAAAACAGCAAAUCUGAAGGAAGAUAUUUUUAACAAAGAUAUUUUUUUAUUUUCACCAACAAUGCAAAACAAUGCAGGCAGUACAAAUGUAGCAAAAGAUGCUAAGUUAUUAUCAGAAACAAUUUUUCCUUCAUCUGAAAAACAUUUUUCAGAAUGUGUAAUAGAUCCUUUAUUACAGGAUCAAAAAACAUGUGAUAAAAACUUUGACAAACCACACAAAAGCUCAGAAUUACAACUUAGUCUGCAAAGAUCAACAAAACAGUAUAAAUCUGUGAAGAGAGCUUCCUUAUCUAGAAAACAAUACAUAAACAAAAUUAAAUAUUUAAAUCUAAAAGAUUUGGAUGAAAGUACACCUGCCAUAUGUUACACUGAUGUCAUGAAGAAAACUGAGAUUUCAGAACCAUUGGUAGGUUUGUAUUCAGAAAAAUAUGAUAUACAAGAAGAUGUUAUAGAUUCUAAUAAAGACAAUACAUUUGUUGAGGUGAAGAAUGUAGUAAGCAUAUCACCUGGUACUGUGAAAUUUUCCCCCACAAGUUACAACAAAGACUAUUUGCAGAACAAAAGUUUAACUAAAGGAAGUAUGAAUCAGUUUUCUCAAAAAAGAGCAAAAGUACAAAUUCAUGUAUCAAAACAAAUUUUGCAAUUGUCUAUUGACAAUCAACAAAGUAGCAAAAAGGUGCAAAAAAAUGAAAAGUAUCCAAAUAACUUAAAGCAGGAAGGGAUAUCUCCAUUCAUUGCAGGUAAAGAACUAUUUCAAUGUGAAAAAGAAUUUUAUGGACUUGUCAAACAUAAUUUGAAUUUUGUCACUCAUAGUGUGGAAAAGAAAUACUUUCAGGAUCCACAAAUGCAGAUAGGUAAAAGAAGCAAUGAAGUAAACAGUUCAGAAAUAAUAGAAGAAUAUUAUGAUAGUGCUCAAAGUUGUGAUGUUUCUUCAUUACCAAAAACUAUUGAAAAUUAUGCUCCCCAAAAACAAACUAUCUCAGAUUAUCCUGAUUCUCAUACUUUUUCUAAGAAAAGUAUUCGUUUACUACACAUGUAUGAAAGUCAGAUAUAUUCAAAAGAAGGUAAAAACGAAUUAAAAAGCAAACAAAAGAUAUUAGCUCAUGUUGAUCAAUCAGAUAAGGAGAAAAGCAUUAUAACAGGUACAAGGCCUGAUAGAAAGCAUAUAAAUAAGGUAGAAUAUACCACAAAAACAUAUUUAACACCUAAUUUAGAAAACAAGAUUAAAAUUUUAACUCAACAUAAGAAAAAAGAUGGCAUUUUAAAUACUGGAGAUACCGAACCUGAAUUUCAGCAAGAAAUAGUACCACUAAUGUUACCUGUACUAGUAGCAGGAUCUCAGAAGAAAAAUAAACACAGUUUAAUCAUUGACUAUAAUAAUUUACUUCUUAAAAAGCAUGGCUUAUUAGACCCUUUUGUCAGUGAAGAUCUAGUGCAACAUUUAGACAUUCAGAAGGAAGAUUCCAAAUCAGAUCUUAGUAUUAAUUUAAAGCUUGUUGAAGAAUCAAAAAAGAUUCUUCAAGCAAGUAUUUGUGUAGAAGAACUGCAGCAACUAGAGCAAGGGUUUGAAAAGCUUCAGUACAAUAUCUCCACUUCUCCAUGUGAAGCUAUUUACAAGAAAAUAAAGCAAGCAACAACUUUGGUGGAACAUCAACAUAAAUUAAAUAUUGGACAUGAGAAAUGUAUGAAGACCAAAAUGCAUUUACUGCGAGAAGACCCAGGUCUUAUGUGGGAUAUCAGAAACAACUGUGGAAGGCAAAAGACAGAAUCAGAUAAUGGGAAAUUACCUGGCAAUGGUCUCAAAGAAAAAAAUCCUUUGAAUUCAAAUAAGGAAGCUCAGAAUGAUCAGUAUUCUGAAAAAAACACCCCUCCCACAAAUAGUAAGAAAAAGCCAAAUGCUUCAGGAAAAAAAUAUCUAGAUCAACAGGACGUCAAAGAAGAAGUACAAGAGAACAAUCUAAUGAAUCAAAGUUGCAUCAUUAGUAAUGAAAAUAAAUGGCUACUUCAGAUAAUCCCGAAUAUCAAUACAUUCUGUGCCAUUAUAACUUCUAUUUUUUCAUCUAUGAUACCUAGAGGUAACAAGGUUGUCUCAUCACUCCCUGAAAAUAUGAGACCUGGUCCCGAUCUCUUUGGGUUUUCAUGGGAAAUUGUUAUAGUUGCCAUAUUUACUAUUUUACUGUUCUUAUGCAGGAUGUAUAAGUCAGUUGAAAGUAGACGUUAUUUAGAAAGAGAGAAGAAGCUUGCCAAUAAUAUUGCUGAACUAAUUGAAGAACGAUGUAAAUUAAUUGAUAAACUAAGUCUCCACAAAAAAGAGUAUGCAGAGUUAGAAAACACUCUGAAAGAUGGCAGCUUUCUACAGGAGUCAACCAUUGCAUCAAAUAUUAAGAUAGAGUAUGAAAAACUGAACAGUUCAAACUUGGCACUCAAUAAUGAAAUAGAACAUUUAGAAAAAGAAUUGAAAGAAGAGAAAUCUAAACAAUCAGAACAGGAUGAUUUGAUGGCUGAAAUACACAAAAGAAAGACAUCUUUAGAAAAUGAAGCAAAAUCUAUCCAGUUUCAAGUAGCUGAGGCCAAAACCACACUAAAAGUAUAUGAAAUUAACAGAGAGAGAUUGAAGACAUCAUUGCAAGAUGCAAUAGAGGAAAAUAGACAUCUUCAUGAAAGUGAAAAACAAUUAUUACAAGAAGUUGAAGGUUGGAAUGAACGAUUUAAUGAACUAAAUGAGCAGAUAAAAAUGUAUGAAUCAUCUCAAGCAAAUCUAGAGGAAGCUCUUAAAGAUAAAGAAAGUCAAGUCAAGUCUCUGACAGACUGCCUCUUAAGGAUGAAAGAAUGGAGCUGUGCCACAGGAGAGCAUGAUUCUAUGGGUGACAACCACAAGGAUAAUGAUAUAAAGAAUGAAACAGAAAAUGAGCAGCACUUGGAUGUUCCAGAAAAAGAAACAGUAAAGAAGCUAAUUUAUGCUGCGAAGCUAAAUGCUCAUUUAAAAUCUGCGGAAACAGAAAGGAAUCAAAUAUAUUCAAAGUUAGGUGAUGAAAAGAAAGCAAAAGAGGAACUUGCAGAACGGAUUGAAAGACUACAAAAAGAACAUGGCGUUUUGCAGUCAGAAAAUAUAGAGGUUCAAAAUGAAAUUCAAAAGCUUCAGCAAAAGCUUCAAGUCAUGACAGAACUGUACCAAGAAAAUGAAAUGAAUCUUCACAGGAAAUUAACUGUAGAAGAAAAAGAACGUUUACAGAAAGAAGAAAAACUUUCCAAAGUCGAUGAGAAAAUUAAUCAUGCUGCUGAAGAACUGAGUACUUAUCGGCAUCGGGUAAAAGAUCUUGAAGAAGAACUAGAAAGAACUGUUUGUUCUUAUGAGAAACAAAUUAACUCACAUGAGAAAAAAGCUCAUGAUAAUUGGUUGACAGCCCGGGCAGCUGAAAGACAACUGAAUGACUUGAGAAAAGAAAAUUUACAUAGAAGACAAGAUUUGACAGAAAUAGAAUUUAAACACCACCUUCUGACAAAAGAUCCUUAUGCUUAUGAUGAUACAGCCACAGCAUUUAGCAGAGAGCAGUCCCCAUAUGGACCCUCACCAAUGGGCAGACCUUCGUCUGAAACAAGAGCUUUUCUUUCCCCCCCAACCUUAUUGGAGGGUCCCUUAAGACUUUCACCUGUGCUUCCAGGUGGAGGAGGAAGAGGUUCAAGAAGACUGGGGAACCCUGGCAUAAUUGAAGUUGGUAAUGAAAGAGGAGAGCUGAACACUAGUAGGUUAUCUGAUCCACACAGGCCACCUUCUGACACUGGAUCUUUGUCACCUCCAUGGGAUAGAGAUCACAGAGUAAUCCUCCCUCACCCCGGUCACCUCUAUAAUGAGCAAUCUCUUCCUCCUCGAAGACCAGAAAGAUUUUAUCCCAAUCCUGUAAACUCUGGAAGGCUUUCAGGACCAGCUGAACUAAGAAGUUAUAACAUGCAUUCAGUUGAUAAAACAGAUGGACCAUCAUCUGAAAAUAACUUGAGAAUGGACCUGAGUGGAGAUGAAUUAAGAGAUCAUUCAAAUGACAGUAAUAUGUACCAUAUACACGAUCAGUCUCUUCCUCCUGAAAACGAAACCUUAGGCCCAGGAAUUGUGCCACCACCACUUCCCUUUUUGAGAGCUCCUCUAGUGUCAAUGGAUCCAAGGGGAUCUUUCAUAAGAAGAGGUCCUCCGUUUCCACCUGUACCUCCUAACUCUGUGUAUGGUCCACAGGAAUAUUUCCCAAGGGAUUUUGCUGGUUUGCCACGUCCUCUAUUACCAAUGAGAGCUCCCUUUCCUAUGAGGCCUUUUUCACAAUAUCCACCUCCUCCAAGGGCUGGCUUUUUUCCUCCUCCUCCUCCACCACCACCAUCUGACAACAGAAAUGAGGUUUCUGCUGAGUUAACACAGCUGUCAACUGUAUCAUCUACAGAUAAUCAAGAAUCACAACAAGAAACUGGUUGAAUGUCAUUUUGUUCUUGACAAUUCUCUCGACUGAAUUAUUUCUUCUCAACUGAAGUAACUUGGUUACUUAAUCAACUCUAUUAUUGCUCAAAUUGAAGCUGAAUAGAGUAAUUCUCAGGAGAGUGAUCUGUAAAUAUUGGUUUAACUGUGAAUAAAUUAUAACUGUACAGCAGCAACUUUUAAAUAUUUUUAUUUUGCUUAUCUAGAUGUAAAAUUUAGUCCAAUAAUAAGAAUUCUCUAGUUGUCUGACUACACCUGGUCUCAUAAAAAAUAAUGCACGUGAAAAUGAGUAUUAUGGUGAAAUGCCGGUGUUAAAAAAUAAAAACAUUUUAAUUAUU